GCACCACCACCUGUUGUCUCCGAGUAGAUACAUUUCGGGGCAUUGUGUUUGUGGCGCGAAUCCCGUGGCCAUAUGGCAGUCUAAUUUGGCGGUAUUUGUGUGUCGAACUCAUUGAAAUCUCACUUGCCAUGUCGGAGAAAUCCAAUCGCGGUGGAGUCCUCUCCAAGUCGGAGUCGCAAUCGCAAAGCCAGGCGGCUGUCCAGUUGAAUGCCUCCGGCAGACGCAGCUCCAGUCCGUCCGGUGCGAAUGGCUCCUCGAACCGCUGCCUAAUUGCCGUGAUUGUCUAUUUGGCCCUGUUGCUAGAUAACAUGCUGCUGACCGUAAUUGUGCCCAUCCUGCCGGACUAUUUGGCCAGUCUGGAAUUGGAUGCCGCAACGCCAGUGGUUCUUGGUCUGGAGGAUACCACAUCCCCAUCUCCGAAGCUACCCGGCGGUGGCCAUCCGCUGCAGUACAUCUCCAAGCAUCCCAUUCCCGGCAAAUCGAUGGUGAAUUUCACCCUCUUCCAGCUGGCCACAGAAGCAACCACCAGGAGUUUCAGCACCUCAUCAUCGACCGCCUUUUCGUCCACAAAUCGCACCACAGUUGGCCACUCGAGCGGAACUAAUGCAACAGGCAAUGGCAAAGGGAAUGGGAGUGGCAAUGGAAGUGGGAGCAGGAACAGGAUACUACCCACCACCCAGAGCAGCAGCAAGGAGCUGACCUUGAGGCAGGAGAACGGCUCCAUCGGCCUGCUGCUGGCCAUGAAGGCCCUCGUCCAAUUAAUUUUCAAUCCGAUUGUGGGAAACGCAUCCAGCAAGUUCGGCUACCGCCUUCCCAUCGUGGUGGGCACCUUCUUUCUGCUCCUCUCCUCGCUGGUGUUCACCAUUGGAGAAUCCUAUUGGGCCCUCCUGGUGGCACGGGCGAUUCAAGGAGUGGGCUCCGCCUGCAUCAACAUCUGCGGAAUGAGUUUGGUGGCCCAGCAUUAUCCGGAGGAGGCUCGUCGCUCCAAGGUGAUGGGCAUCAUCCUGGGCAGCAUCGCACUGGGAGUGCUGCUCGGCUAUCCCUUCGGUGGAAUUCUCUACGACCUAAUGGGAAAGUCGUCUCCUUUUAUCAUUCUAUCCACACUGAUGUUCUUGAGUCUGGGUCUCCAACUCCUGACCAUGGAUCUUUCCGUUCAACCGGAAGUUGUGGUGGAGGAGACUCCCAAGUGGCGGCCUCUUUUGGAGUGCAAAAUGAUCCUGGCAAUUGUGUUGGCCAUUUGGUUCUCCACCUCGACCAUGGCCAUGUUGGAACCCUGUCUGCCCAUCUGGCUAAUUCAGUAUUUGAAACCGAACAAGUGGCAGUUGGGAGCCGUUUUUAUUCCCGAUUCUGUGGGUUACUUUGUGGGCACUAACUUCUUUGGUAGCAUUGCCUAUAAAUAUGGACAAGUUAAGGUUUCUUGUAUAAGUCUUCUACUGGUGGGAGUGGCCUCCAUUCUGAUACCAAGUGCAACAACGGUUUCCCAACUUUUGAUGCCGCACUUCGCCUUGGGUCUCGGCAUUGGGGUCAUUGAUGCCGCCUUAGUUCCUCUAUUGGCCACCUUUGUGGAUGCCACACUUUCCCAAGAGGAGCAAAGUGAGGGCAGCAGCUCCAUGUCCAGUUACGGAACUGUUUAUGCCAUUCAACAGACAUCGGUUAGCCUGGCAUAUUGUUUAGCUCCCUUGAUUGGAGGUGAGUUGGCUCAGACAUUUGGUUUUGCCUGGCUGAUGCGGAUUGUUGGCAUUUUCAACAUGAUCUAUGGCCCCAUUCUGGUCUACUUGUAUCAGAAAUACGAUCCCAAGGCCCUUCGGGAGCAACAUAAUGAUAUGCUGCUGCAAAGCAGUGGACGUGGAUCUCGAUAUAAGCAGCUCUAUAACUCGAUGGAUGUGGAAUAGGAUAGUCUGUCCAGGUCUCAGAAAUAAAUCUCAAGCACUCUUGAGUGUCCAAAUUAGGCGUUCCUUUGGCUCAUUAAAGCAAUAUAUUUAGAGCUGAUUUUUUGUAAACCAUUUAAA